AUGGCAAAACUUUUGAGAUUAGUUAUUGUCACUCUACUUCUUGGCAUUGUAUUCAGUAAGGAUUCCAUUCCUUUUCCAGGUAAUCUUAAAUAUCGUGUAAUUUAAUUUCUCGGAGUUUAAAUAAAUUUUAAAAGGCCAAAACGAUUCUUUUUCAGUCCCUUCACCUCUUUUGUUUCAAGAGCUAAGGGCUUUGGUUUAGUUUUUGGCCCUUUCGUUCUUUAGAUUGGGGUCCUUUUGCGACCUUUCAAGGGUCCUUUUGGCCCUGUUUAAUUAACAGUAUAAAGUUACUGUAUCGCCAGCUUUAUGCGAUUUCCGAGUUCAAGUGUCUCUGAGAGCAAGAAAAACUAGUGUAAUUAAUGCAUUGUAUUUAAUUAUGAUGGUAGAAUGUAUUCAAAAAGUGUGAACAAUCCUGUCCGAAAUUUGUGGCACUGCACAAAAGAGAACAGUUAUUGUCAGACAAUACUUUUCUAAUUCCAGGCGGUGAUACAGCGUUUCACAAAUGGUUAAAUGAAAUAUACACCAGAACCCAAAUCGAUCCUACAACAAUGAAGCGGGUGACUGACUACGUAACAAAGCAGAUCAAGUUGAUAACAGAUGAAGUAAAAAAGCUUGACAACUGUUUUGAUUUUGUUCAACUGCGUGGCUCAGCUGCAGAAGAUCUAAAGAUUCUCCAGCCGGAUGAAUAUGAUUUUGUUCUUUACAACGAAAAGUGGACGAAGAUUAUCGACUACAACGAAGAUAAGAAGACGCCCGGGUUUGCGUUCGCGAUUGAGGAGAAAACAACCUGCCUUGACAAGUACGUUAACACAAGCGAAGUAUUUAUUAGUAGUAUUUAAAGUAUAAGUUGGAUCAAGUAAGUGUAUAAGUUAUCUAUACAGUGAAAAGGAGUAUCCAGGUCAUGCAGGGUAAAUUGAUUCUUCUACAUUUGAUGAAUGAGACGAAACAAGCCUGUCCAUGAGGUUAUUAAUAGGGUCCUUUUUUUCAGCGAGUGGUGCAGGUCAUGAAAUUUUUAAAACAGAUGUAUAACAUAACUGUGGUGUUAAAGUUACUACAUUUUAAACAUUACAGUAGAUUAAUAAUAUGCAAGCGAUAUUUAAGACUGAAAAUGGUUUUAAAUAUCACUUUUCAGAGUUUAUUAUAUCAUGAAACGCAUUUAUUUGGUACUCUAGAAAUCACCGCCAAGCCUUCACUCUUAUUUCCAUUAUUCCAUAAUUAUUAAAUGCGUACCAAAUAAGAACCUUUUCCAAAUUUCGGACUGAAUUUGUUCUUACGAAAAAUGGGUCUCUAAACGGAACAUUUCGUAGGCUGCAGCAUUUUAAUCCAAAAGGUUUUCUGGAAUUUUAUGUAAUUGAAAACGAGACGAACAUUGCGGACAAACGCCAACCGCAUGCGCGAGACUACACAGAUGGCGGGGAAAUGUCUGCCAAAACAAUAGGAGUAUAAACAGAAAUAGGAAAGCCUAAGGAAACGGCUAGAGGUUUAAGAUACCGCAUCUUUCUUGUGACAAGACAAAGUCAUAUCGAGUCUAAUCCUCUCGAUUAUUGAAUGGGUGCAUGGGUAGCUCUAUUGUGACUUUAAGUGAACAGAAAUGAUGCCGUAUGGUUGAAUACUUUGAUAUGCAUAUUUUAUAAAUCUUCCAGUCUCAGCCGAUUCAGGAACGCGUCAUUUGGAUGAGCAAUCGACACUCCAAAUCGGUGUAUCCCUUCUAGUCCAAUUUAAGGAUUUGAUUUCAUGCUCAUGAAUCAUUAAUUAGAUCCGGUCCUCGGACUGAACUAAUUCUAAUCUAGUCCUAGGACUGUAUCAUCACGCUUUAAAUUGACAGGUAUAUCCCGUAUCAUCGUGAGAGCAAUAUGGGGAGGCGGGGAGGAAAAAUAACGUCUCCCUACCUUCUAUCGCCCCACCCCCACCCCCGCUAGCUAAAUAAAGCAAUAUGGUUAGCUGAUUUACUUAAGAAUUAUCAAUUACUUUCAAGUUCGGAAGUAAUUUACAUACAAGCUAUUUGAAAUGGAGCUACUCUGAGUGAGUCCAUAUACCAGUAGGCAAGCUGAAAUUUUUGCUUCACCGCGAUGAGAACUGCAUGAAUCGGCGAUAUUAGGCUAUGACAAGCAGUGAUCAAGGAAAAUUUUCACCUUGCUCGGUGUGGACACACUCAGAGUAGCUUGAUCACAAAUACAUCAUGUCUUAACAGGUAUAAACUCAAAGACCCCAAAAAUGGAGUCGAUCCAGCCAAAGUGAGAGCUCAUAUGCUAGAGAUCGUGACAACAGCUUUGGCGAAAGUAGGAAUUAAAACAAAGGCUAUGCCGGUCGGUCCUUCUAUUAAUUUCCAAAUACCAUCCCAAGAAAAGUCGUUCAAGUAUAUCGACAUCGAUUUGGUCUUAUACAUCAAGCAGAAUGAUUGGCCAAAGAGUGCUGAUCCAAAAAUAGACCCCACAUUGAAGGCAGUGGGUGUUGGACUUGUCGCAAAAGUACUCGAACCACCUCAAGACAGCAGACUUUGGCAAAUUUCGUUCUCCGCUGCGGAAAUAAAGCUUUUCCAAGGCAUCGACGCAGACGGAGGGUCCCGAAAGAAGUUGUUGAAAAUCGCGAAGUACUUGAAGAUAGCUAGCGAGUGGCCUGAAAACAUCGCCUCGUAUCACUUGAAAACCGAGAUAAUGAAGAUGAACCGUGACCAUCCAAACAAAGAUGACUGGAUCGACUCCAAACUCGUUCCUCGCUUUAACGAAUUGAUCUUAAAUUUCCUUAAAGCACUUGAAGCAGGCAAAUUACCAAGUUUUUUCAUUCCUACCUUCAACCUGUUCCAAGGUAAAGAUCUCGGUACGGCCAUCGAAAGAGUGAAGAAUUUGAUCAGUGCAAUCGAGACCAACCCUGAUUCAUGUUUCCCACCAGCACGCGCGCCCUGUGCUCCCUCCGGUGGUCUGCCUCCGAAAUUACCAUUGAUUACUAAAUUAAAGAAGUUGGCCUCUUUUAAACCAACGAGCGAGAAUGAAAUUGAGAUUGUACCGUUCAAAGAAAACAAUUUGUGA